ACAGUAUAUUGGACAUGGAGGCGGGACCUGAUGAGGGACCAAUGAGGGCUGCGUCUGCCAAGACAACCCCCAGCGACACGUCGUCAGGCACACUGACCAGUCAGCAGCUAGCUGCUAUUGAGGAUGAAGAAGUCCUGAAUAAACUGUUGGAUAAGGCUGUGGAUUUUGAUGAAAGGCGAAUGAUCCGCGCUGCAUUGAGGGACCUGCUCAAGAAGAAGAGAGAGAAGCGAGAGAAAGAGCGGGGGUCACGGCAAGAUGACCUGAGACAGCAGGCUUUGAGUAAAGCAGGCACAGGACGAAUGGGAAUGAACAGAGGCCAGACCAGCAAUCACCAGCCUAAAUCCCACAUGCACAGCCAAUUUCCUGCAUCAACCACCAGCUCCUUGUCUAAGACAACUAGCAGCAUGGCCAACCCAGCUAUCGCAACAGCCCAUCAGUCUUCCCCUGUCGCUGCAGCACCCAACAUGAAAAAUGUCAAGCAGAUGUUACUGGAUUGGUGCAGGGCCAAAACCGAACCAUAUGAGGGGGUGGAAAUCCACAACUUCUCCUCCAGUUGGAGUGAUGGCAUAGCGUUCUGUGCGCUGGUGCACAGGUUCUUCCCAGAUGCAUUUGAGUACUCCAUCCUCAACCCCAACGCACGCAAGGACAACUUUGAGCUGGCCUUCAGCACUGCAGAGAGGCUGGCAGAUUGCCCCCCUCUGCUGGACGUUGAAGACUUGCUCCGGAUGCAUGAGCCUGACUGGAAGUGUGUGUACACAUACAUCCAGGAGUUCUACCGAUGCCUGGUGGAGAAGGGCCUAGUUAAAACUAAAAAGAAACUCUAAAUACACUGUUUCACAAUAUACUUAAAUAUAUGUUGCGUUCACGUGCCAUGGGGAGGGGAUAUAAAAGUUUGCAAUUUGCUGCAGCAGCUUGUAAGCACAUAGCUGGGAUUUUGAUUAUUUGUGUGUGGGUGUCUUUGUAUUGUUUUGUGUGUGCUUACACUUAUCUGUGUAUGUUUUCAGAAGACAGCUGGCAUUUAGGAUCAGUAUAUUCCACUGAGAUUACACAUCUACAUUAAUCUCUGUCAGAGCCAUAGUGAAUCUGUGAAUGGCUUUUUGGGGUGCUGAGGUGCUGAGCCCUGACUAUA